AUGUCCACUCUCGAUGCGCCGAAGUGCACUGCCGUACUACUGAUGCUCGCAGCUUGGAUGGCGAGAUGUGGCAUCGACGCUCGCAUCGUCGACAAACGUGGCACAAAGAUCUACUCAGGACAAGCGGAUGGUUUACAGCUCCGCAGCCUGGAAAUCUUUGACAGUUUUGGUUUCGCCGAUAGAGCUUGGAAGGAAGCAAAUCACUUGAUAGAAUUCUGCAUGUGGAACCCCGGCGAAGACGGUGUGAUACGCCGCUCAGAUGGGGUGCCGGAUACACCACCUGGUCUCUCUCGAUUCAAGGAGAUCGUACUACAUCAGGGACGAAUUGAAAGAUUCUUCCUUGACCAUAUCAAAAAGCACACCAAGGAUAGGCUGCAUGUCGAGCGUGCGGUAUUGCCCGAGUCGCUCCAUAUCGCGGAAGAUCGGGUGGAUGAUCACUCUUCAGACAACUAUCCCGUCACAGUCCAGCUGCGAUAUCUUACCGAGGACGAGGCCAAACCGGCUCAAAGCAAGGGUUCCGGAAUCAAUGACGGUCUUUUCAGGAGUAACCUGGCAGACGAUGAUACCGAAGAUCUCAUCGCGAAUAGCCGGCAAAAGCAGGGUAGCACGGAGAUUGUAAAGGCGAAAUAUGUCGUAGGCUGCGACGGUGCUCACAGUUGGACACGAAAGCAACUAGGCUUUGAGCUGGAGGGAGAGCCCACAGACCACAUCUGGGGAGUAUUGGACAUUAUUCCCAUCACCGAUUUUCCGGAUGUUCGCAAACGUUGCGCCAUACACAGCGAGUCUUCAGGAUCAAUGAUGAUCAUUCCACGUGAGAACAAGAUUGCCCGGCUCUAUAUUCAGCUCACAGAAAUCAAGCCCGAUGCCAGUGGUCGAGCGGAUAGGUCGAAGAUCACACCUGAUACGAUCAUCACAGCUGCUCAAAAAAUCAUUGCACCGUAUAAGCUGACGUACGAAUAUUGCGACUGGUGGACAGCAUACCAGAUCGGCCAGAGAGUAGGCAAGAACUUCCAUCACAAGAGCCGCGUGUUCCUGGCUGGUGAUGCUGUACAUACGCACUCACCGAAGGCUGGCCAGGGUAUGAACGUCUCGAUGCAGGAUGGGUACAAUUUGGGCUGGAAACUGGGCUUGGUAGUGAAAGGUAUUGCUCAACCAUCCAUUCUAAAGACUUACCAGUCCGAGCGGAGGCGUAUCGCGCAGGAUCUGAUUGCGUUUGAUCACAAGUUCUCAAGGCUGUUUUCAGGGCGGCCGGCUAAGGACGUCAUGGAUGAGGAAGGCGUCAACAUGGACGAGUUCAAGCGGGCAUUCCUGAAGGGGCAGCUAUUCGCCACGGGACUCUCAGUCGACUACGGCACGAGCAUGUUAGUUGGCAAACCAGGCAACGCAGCAGAUCAAGGCGAUGGGACAGACGUAUCCUCAAAGUUCGAAGUCAUCGGCAAGCAAGAGCUAGCCUCAGAGACAAAGUUAGGCAUGCGUUUCCCAAGCCAUCAGGUCAUCAACCAAUCUGACGGUCGAGCCUGGGAGUUUCAGCAGAAGCUGAGAAGCGAUGGACGGUUCCGUAUCAUCGUAUUUGCCGGCAACGUCGCAAGUCCAAAGCAGAACGCCCGCCUCAGAAGCUUCUGCCAAGGUCUGUCAUCGUCAUCGGUACUGACGCCGCAUCUCAUCAAGAACGUGGACGUGCUUACAUUGCACUCGUCCAAGCGCAAGGAAGUAGAACUCUUGCGCGACUUCCCAGAUAUACUGCACCCCUUCGAUGCGAAGACUGGGUGGGAUUACGAUUCGGUGUACGCGGAUGACGCCAAUCCGUUUGAGGGCUUCGGUAAUGCAUACAAGGGGUAUGGUGUCGACAGGGAGACGGGUUGCGUGGUUGUUACGAGACCGGAUCAAUACGUUGGGUACAUUGACACCGUCGACGAGGAGGGGUUCAAGGGUAUUGAGACUUACUUCAAAGGGAUAUUGGCAUCGUAG